GAAAAACCUGUUUCUUGCCCUAAACCUCAGAACUUUCCAGCCAGGAACAAGGGUAACAAUGGUGCCUAUCCUGCUGUCUCUGCCGCUCCUUCUUGGUCCUGCAGUCCCCCAUGAGGCCCAAGCUGGUCGUUACUCUCUGACCUAUCUCUACACUGGGCUGUCCAGGCCCGGGGAAGGCUACCCUUGGUUGCAGGGCACUGUCUUCCUCAAUGACCAGGCCUUCUUCCACUACGACAGUGAAAGUGGGAAGGCUGAGCCCCUGGGACCAUGGAGACACAUACAAGGCAUGAAUGACUGGGAGAAGGAGAGCCAGCUUCAGAAGUUCAGGGAGAGCAUCUACCUGGAGACCCUGCAAGACAUCAUGGCCUAUUACAACGACAGCAACGGGUCUCACAUCUUACAGGAACGGUUGGGUUGUGAGCUCCAGAAUAACGGAAGCAGUGGAGCAUUCUGGAAGUCUGCCUAUGAUGGAAAGGACUUCAUUGAAUUCAACAAAGAAAUCUCAACCUGGGUCCCCUUGGACCCGGCAGCCUGGAACACCAAGAAGAAGUGGGAACCCUAUGUGCAGAAUGCCAAGGCGUACCUGGAGAAGGAGUGCCCUGGGAUCCUGCAAAGGUACCUGAACUACAGCAGGCAUAUCCUGGACCGGCAAGAUCCUCCCUCUGUGGCAGUCACCAGCCGCACCACCCCAGGAGAGAAGAGCAUCCUCAGAUGCCAGGUCUAUGGCUUCUACCCACAAGGAAUUGGUCUGCACUGGACUCGGGACAGUGAGGUGCAAGAGUCUAAGUCAGGGGGUGAUGUCCUUCCCAGCGGAGGGGGCACUUACCUGUCUUCCGUGCUAUUAGAAGUGCCCCCUCAGGACAGACACCAUUAUUCCUGCCACGUGGAGCACAGUGCCCUGGCCCAGCCCCUCUCGGUGCCCUGGGACAGCAGGCAGGACACAGGGGCUGGGGACACUGGGGGGACUCAAUCCCAGUAGCUGCCCUUUCUGCCUGCCAUGACAGCUGAACUUCACAAGUCACCCUCAGUGGCAUUGGCAAGGCCGGGAGCAGUGCAGGGGACAGGCAGUUGGGGGACUUGCAGAGAGGAGUUGGAACACAGGGCACUGAGCUGACUCUCACAGCCAUGUCGCCUCAUCUUGCUAAUCACAGUCCCCAAGUCCAAUCUGUAGAACAUAAUAAACAAUAAACUUGCCCGGCACAGUACA